GAUACACCUAAAUCAGGUACUAGCUGCAGUUCUCGGUGUUCAAGCUCCAGACAAGAUUCCGAGAGUGCGAGGCCGGAAUCAGAAACCGAAGAUGUGCUGUGGGAGGACCUCUUACACUGUGCAGAGUGCCACUCUUCCUGUACCAGUGAGACAGAUGUAGAAAGCCCUCAGGUGAAUCCAUGUGUGAAGAAAGAAUACAGAGAUGACCCCUUUCAUCAGAGUCAUUUGCCUUGGAUCCACAGUCUGAAUCCAGGACUAGAAAAAAUAAGUGCAAUUGUAUGGGAGGGUAAUGACUGCAAGAAAGCAGAUAUGUCCGUGCUUGAAAUCAGUGGUAUGAUAAUGAACAGAGUGAACAACUAUAUACCAGGAAUUGGUUAUCAGAUUUUUGGGAAUGUCAUAUCUUUAAUCUUGGGUUUAAUGCCAUUUGUCUUUCGACUUUCACAAGCUAAAGAUUUGGAACAACUAGCUACACAUUCUGCCACUGAACUUUGCAUGACUGCAUUUGGAUCAAAUGGAGACAUUCUGGUUCUCUCAAUGGUUACUAUAAGUUUUGUGGUCCGUGUGUCUCUAGUGUGGAUUUUCUUUUUUCUGCUAUGUGUAGCAGAGAGGACGUAUAAACAGAGGCUACUGUUUGCCAAACUUUUUGGUCAUUUAACAUCUGCUAGAAGGGCAAGAAAAUCGGAGGUUCCUCACUUCCGUUUGAAGAAAGUACAGAAUAUAAAAAUGUGGCUUUCUCUCAGGUCCUAUCUAAAGCGUCGUGGUCCUCAACGCUCAGUUGAUGUAAUAGUUUCAUCUGCCUUCCUCCUGACUAUCUCAGUUGUGUUUAUCUGUUGUGCACAGCUGCUUCAUAUGCAUGAGAUCUUCCUUGAUUGUCACUACAAUUGGGAACUCAUAAUUUGGUGCAUUUCACUGACUCUUUUUCUCUUAAGAUUUGUUACUCUUGGAUCUGAAACCAGUAAAAAAUACAGCAAUACCUCAAUAUUACUUACUGAGCAGGUGAGAAUUUGUAUAGACCU